CGCACGCGCGCGCAUUCGUCGCCCGCUCGUAACGUACCAAAGAUGGGUGCUACCAAAGUCGAGAAUGACGCUCUCCUGAGGAAGAAGGAGAAGAAGACCACCUCCUUCUUCACCCCCACCUCCGUUAUCAUCGGUGUGGUCGCCAUCGUCGUCGCCGUGUGCGGCUACAUGGCCUACACCCACGCGAUCGCGGGCACUUCCCAGUCCUCCCUGAAGACCUCCCACGAGCACGCCGCGAAGGCUCCUUCUUCGCACAAGCUCUCCGCGAAGGCCAGGGAGAAGCGCGAGACCGAAUCCGUCGCGGCUAAGUUCGCCGAGGAAUACCACAUCCCCAUGCAGUUCAUGACCAAGAGCGAGGUGCCCAAGGGAGCCGCCCUCGGCAAGGCGCGCGAGGAGCCCGUCAAGACCUUCCCCCUCUCCGUCUCUCGCGGCAAGCUCGGGAAGUUCGACGCGCAGGAGAUCCUCGACAACCCCCACGAGUACGAGGGCACCGGCGACCACCUCAACCCCCUCCUUUCCGACAUCGUCGAUGACGCCGCCGAGAUUGGCGUCAUCCGCGCCUUCCUCGAGCAGUACAGGCAAACCCCCAUCAAGGCUCUCUACGCCCGCGCGUACCUCCGCAUCUCCGCCGUCUCCGCCGCGCUCGGAGGCCAGUACCAGGACCUCGUCGAUGCCACCAAGGGGACCGACCUCAUGGACAUCAGCAACAAGGAUUUCAAGGCUGAGGUUGACAUUUGCGACCACAAGGGCCUCCCCCAGGAUAAGUACGUCCCCGAGGACAAGUUCGAGGUGCCCGACAUCACCCACCAGGAGAGCGAUACCGAGUUCGACCCCUCCAAGGUUGACGCCGCGAAGGAUGAGGUGUACGUCAUCGAGCACCCCAAGGAGGAGAGGAGGCGCGCGCUGCUCGGGUCUGGUUUCGAGAGGAAGCCCCCGAGUGAGUACACCAAGCAGCUCUCCGAGUCUUUCAUCCCCCAGCUCGACACCGACGAGAUGAUCAUGAUCUACGCCAACCUGACCGAGGGCCUCCCCACCGUCAUCGGCGAGAUCAACGCCCUCGGUGCGUCCAUGACGGACACCGAGAAGCUCUGCCUCGCCGCGUUCGACCUCAUUGGCGCCGCCAUCGUGUCCGCGCCCGACCUCAACACCGAGAAGGUGUGCCCUCAGGUUCACGUCAGGUCCUGGAACCUCGGCCUCAAGGCGGCUCGCGGUUGCAACAUCGCGGUCCUCCAGUCUUUCUUCCACUACCUCUAAUCGGCCGGCACGAGCCGGGAGGAGGAGACGACUCUGUGUCUUUGAUAGAUGAGAUGUCCCCCCCGUCCCAGUGAAGCGCCAGGGCGUCGAGGUGAGGCGGGUCCCGCGGGACCCGAUAUACGGACGAUGACAGUACAUAUGCCUGAAGAAGACACACUCUUAUUUUAUCUUGCACAUAUGAGAGGUGGAAUUAGCGCAACCCUGGAGGUCACGCUCGUGACCUUUGCUGUACAUUGUUUAAUGAAACCUCUCGCAUUCGAAAGAC